CUGCCCUCUCCCCCAGGUGCAGCUCCAGCCUUGUGACAUGUCCUGCUACAACCAGUGCCUGCCCUGCCAGCCCUGCCAGCCCUGCGGCCCGACCCCGCUGGCCAGCAGCUGGAACGAGUGCAGCGAGUGCUGCGUCAGGCAGUGCCAGAACUCCACCGUCGUCAUUGAGCCCUCCCCCGUGGUGGUGACCCUGCCCGGCCCCAUCCUCAGCUCCUUCCCGCAGAACACCGUUGUGGGCUCCUCCACCUCCGCUGCCGUUGGCAGCAUCCUCAGCUGUAACGGAGUGCCCAUCAACUCUGGCUGCUGUGACCUCUCCUGUUUUGGCAGCCGCAGGAGGUGCCUCCCCUGCUAA